CAGAGUUGAACUGCAUCUGCAUGUAACGAGAGCUGUAUAACUCAUCUCCUUCUACUUUAGGCCACGAACUUAUCAAUCACCCCUUGUACAACAGAGAUUUAGGUGGCCUCAAUGUUCAAAGUAAAUUUAUUAUCAAAGUCACCAUAUACAACCCUAAGAUUCAAUUUUCUUGCCAGCAUUUACAAUAAAACAAAGAAAUACAACAAAAACCUACACACAAAGACUGACAACCAGUGUACACAGGACAACAAAUUGUGCAAAAACAAAACAGUAAAAAAAUAAUAAUAAAUAGCAAGAUAAUAAAUAUUGAGAAUGUGGGUUGUAGAUACUUGAAACUGAGUCCAUAGUGUGUGGGAUCAGUGUGUGGGGGGCGAGUGAAGUUAUCCCCUCUGGUUCAAGAGCCUGGUGGUUGAGCGGUAAUAACUGUCCCUGAACCUGGAGGUCUGGGCUCUGAGGCUCCUGUGUCACCUUCCUGGUGGCAGCAGCAAGAAGAGACCUUGGCCUGGAUGGUGAGGGUGCUUGAUGAUGGACGCUGCCUUCCUGCGACAGCUAUCCUUGCAGAUGUGCUCAAUGGUGAGGAGGACGUUACCCAUGGCGGACUGUGCUGUGUCCACUGCUUUUUGUAAGCUUUUCCAUUCAAGGGCAUUGGUGUUUCCAUACCAGCCUGUGAUGCAACUGGUCAGUACACUCUCUACCGCACAUCUAUAGAAGUUCGUCAAAGUUUUAGAUGACAUGCCAAACCUUCACAAACUUCGAAGAAAGUAGAGGCACUGCCGUGCCUUCUUUAAUGGCACUUGCGUACUGGACCCUCUGAAAUAAUAACAGCAAGGAAUUUAAAGUUGCUGAUCCUCCGAUGCAAACUCUGACUUCCUCCCCCGUCGUCAAUAAUCGGCUCUUUGGUUUUGCUGACAUUGAGGAAGAGGUUGCUGUUGUGGCUCCAGUAUGCUAUUUAUCACCAUCUUUCAUUUGGUCAAUGGUGGUGUCGGUAUUAAACUUAAAUAUGGCAUUGGAGCUGUACUUAGCCUCACAGUCACAGGUAUAAAGUGAAUAGAACAGGAGGCUAAGGAUGCAACCUUAUGCUGAUGGAGAUUGUGAUAAAAAAGCAAACCAGAAUCUCACUUUUUCCACCCCAAAGGAGUAUUAACUCAUGCUGAAGUUACAAUAAACUGUUAAGGUGAAAGUGUAGCGGUGUGCUACAAGCAGCGCUAGAAUUACGACACGGAGUCGGUAACUGCAGUCGAAGGAAAAACUUUAUUCGAAAACUUCAGCCUCACUUUUAAGCCUCUGUCAACCGGCCCCCCAUGGCGAAGAGGUUCCAAAGCUCUGUGCUCGCAAACCCCCGUAGGCUAUCUAAUUGUGAGUCGGUUCGGAUACGCUAGGAAAAGAGGCGCUACAUAACCCCCCCCCCCCCCAGAACCGGCGAUACACCCCCCAAUGUCCACAGCCUGGGCCAGAACCUGCUUGGGAGGUCGGCCUCUGCGCCGAGGCGCCGGAAACUCGGCCGGUUGCGCCAGGUCCACAUGGGCCGGCUUGAGGCGGUCCACCGUGAAAACCUCCUCCUUCCCCCCAACGUCCAGCACGAACGUGGAAUUGGGCUUCGGCUUGCUGGAACCAUAGGUCCGGGCGCUGUGUCCAGAAACCCGGCAGUUUCAACGAAACCGCAUGAACAGAGGCGGCGUCGGUCAUUUCUGGUCCAAAAAUCGUUUGGACCGUCGGGGUCACCAAUUGUAGCGGUGUGCUACAGAAUUACGACACGGAGUCGGUAACUGCAGUCGAAGGAAAAACUUUAUUCGAAAACUUCAGCCUCACUUUUAAGCCUCUGUCAACCGGCCCCCCAUGGCGAAGAGGUUCCAAAGCUCUGUGCUCGCAAACCCCCGUAGGCUAUCUAAUUGUGAGUCGGUUCGGAUACGCUAGGAAAAGAGGCGCUACAAAAGUUUAAUAUUAUUCAGUUAUUCCACAACAUGAGCUACAGAAGAAGAGUCAAAUUAGAUUGUUUCAAUAUUUGUGUAGUGAACAACAGACUUAAUAGGAAAUAAGAUAAUUCAAAAUGCCCCUGUUGCUGAUGCCCAGUAGCUGUUUUCUUUCAUCUAAAUCUUGCAUUGGAACAAGAUGAAAAGGUUUUGAUAAACCCAUGAUGUGUUUCAUUGAGGUUAUGUGCUUGUUUUGCAUGCCUUUUUAUAUCUUCACAUUGGCCAACCACAGAGCAUUAAUUCCAUGGCCUUUCUGCAUAUAGAAUGCGACUGAAGUAAAUUACUUCUCACCACUGAGCUGUGCUGAAGAAAGUCGCUGGCUCUGUGUGUUUGAACUGCAGGCUCUCACUCACAGCACGGAGUCCCGGAUUUCAAACCUGACUCCACUCUGGAAUUACUUCAGAGCUGAGAACCAAACCUGGAAAAGAAGAAUUGGCCAUACUUGAUUCAACUGCAGCCCGACCAAGCACAAUCGGUGCCAGUGAUCAACUGAGGACAAAAACAUGGACGGCUUGGGAUCACCUUCCUCACCCAGAAACUGCAGCUAUGAGGCUCACUUCCAGUACUAUCUGUUUCCAGUAGUAUAUACCAUUGUGUUUGUUCUGGGCCUGACUGGCAACAUCUUAGCCCUGUGCAUAUUUAUAAAGAACACUAAGAACAGCAGCCCAUCCUUCAUCUACAUUGCAAACCUGUUUGUAGUGGACAUCAUUUACAUUUGCACCUUGCCCUUCAGAAUCCAUUACCACAUGAAAAAGAACAACUGGGUCUUUGGGGACAUCACGUGUCGGAUCACGGGGACCCUCUACUUUGCCAACAUUUACAUCAGCGUCACUUUCCUCAGCCUGAUUUGCAUGGACCGCUACAUUGCAGUGGUCUACCCUAGAAAAUACCUCAGGAUGAGAGGCACAAAGAUCCCGCGGAUGACCUCGGCUCUGGUGUGGGCAGUGGCCUUAUCCAUCAUGCUCCCCUUAAUCUUCAGUGGCUCACUGAACAACAUCCGGGCAAACAACAUGACAGCUUGCUUCGAGAACUUCGACGCUGAGGCUUACAGCAAAAAGAUGGCGGUGUAUCACAUUAUGCCAUUCCUCUUCGGUUUCCUCAUCCCAUUUACAAUUAUUAUUAUAUUUUACCCCCUAGCCGCUAAGAAAAUAGCCCAACUUAAAAACAACAUCCACAAGGAAAAGGCUUUGAGGAUGAUCUGGGUCAUUAUGGUGAUCUCAAUUCUUUGCUUCGUCCCAUAUCACAUCACCCACUUACUCUAUUUCCUAGCUCGCUUGGACUUCAUUCAGAACUGUGCUUUUGGUAACUUUCUCUACAAGAUCCGGCGGGUUACAAUGGCCUUGGUCAGCCUUAACUGCUGCCUGGACCCUCUGAUAUAUUUCUUUGCAACCAACAAAUUCAAGCUAAAUUAUGGAAGGAGAAGGAGAGCACUUCAGAAUGUUUACAGCAUUGCCUGGCAUCCUACUGAGGGUUGAUGCCAGUGCACCCAAGUAAAGACUGCAUGGCUUGGGGUCUGAAGAAAAGACCAGCCUUGCUGAGUUUUGAAGUUGAUGCAAAUGUUUUCUGGAUCUCUACCGCAGCUUGAGCUGGCUGCCCAGAAACCAUAGAACUGCCGCUCAGUGGAAAGGGACACCCCCAGUCCAGAUUUUUAAAUCUUCCCACUCACUGCAGUUCGAUUAGUCGGAACGCAGUUACUGUAGCUGUACCUUCUGGCAGUACUCUGCUACCUUGUUAAUAUGCAAUGAUGAAGACAUUUAAUAAACCAAAUACUAGCAGUAUGAAAUUUAAUUUCUGUUAGGUCAACACAGGUUAAUCACAUUUAUUAAUAAUUACACAUUUAAAUGUAGUUUUGUGAGUUGCUAAUACUCAUUAAGACUAAAUACCAUUUUAAAUUAAACAGAUACAAGUGAGGGGGUGUUAGCCAAAGGAAAACUGUUUACUCUGAGAAGGAUGUGAUUAGCUUUAAAAUGUAGGCUGCAUCAUCAGAGAUGAUGGAAGGAAACAGCUCUUCAAAUAGAGGGGCAGAGAACAGAGGUGUCGCAGUUAGGGCAGCCCUUUUACCACUCGGGGCGUUCAGACUUUAGAGUUCAAAUCCAGCGCUGUCUGUAAUGAGAUCGUAUGUUUUCCCCAUGAUGGCAUGGGUUUCAUCUGGGUGCUCGGAUUUCCCCCCACAGUCCAAAGACGAACCAGUUGGUAGGUUAAUUUGUCAUUGAAGCCAUGUGAUUAGGCAAGGGUUAAAUAGGUGGGUUGUUGGGUGAUGUGUCUCAUUGGACUGGACAGAUUAUUCCAUGUUGUAUCUCUAAUUAAAUAAAUCUGGUCUCCCCAAAAUAGUGAAUCCAGGUGACAACUGAAAAUUUCAGAACUGGGAUGGUUGAAAAUCUUUUAGGAAUGGGAAAGGGAAUUAUGAGGCAUUGAAUUGUAGAGCACUCAGCACAGAAACAAGCCCUGUGACCCAUCUUGUCCAUGCCGAAUUGUUAUUCUGCCUAAUGCCCUUGACCUACACCUAGAUCAUAGCCUUGCAUACACCUUCCAUCUUUGGAUCUUAUCCAACCUUAUCUUCCGAUUGAACAUCGAAAAACUUAAGAGUAGAUGUGGAGAGAAUGCUUCCUAUAGUCUAGGACCAGAGGACACAGCCUCAGAACAGAGCGACAAUGAUUUAGAACAGAGAUGAGGAGGAUUUUUUUUUAGCCAGAGGGUGGUGCAUCUGUGGAAUUCAUUGCCAAAGACGGCUGUGCAGGCAAAGUCAUUGGGUAGAUGUAAGAUGAAGGUUGAUAGGUUCUUGAUUAAUCUGGGUGUCAAAGGCUACAGAGAGUAGGCAGGACAUUGGGUUGAGAGGGUUAAUAAAUCAGCCAUGACGGAAUGGUAGAACUGACUUGAUGGGCCAAAUGGCCUAAUUCUGCUCCUUUGUCUUCUGGAACCUACAUCCACCACUUCCACUGGCAGCUUGUUCCACACUUGCACCACCCUCUGAGUGGAGCAGUUCCCUCUUAGGUUCCCCUUAAACAUUCAACUUUCACCCUUAAAACAUGACCUUUGGUUCUAGUCUUAAUCAACCUCAGUGGCGAAAAAGCCUGCUUGUAUUUCUUCUAUCUAUACCCCUCAUCAUUUUGUGUAUCAAAUCGCCUCUCAUUCUCCUGUACUCCAGACAAUAAAGUCCUAACUUAUUCAACCUUUCCCUAAAUAUACAAGGAAAUAAGGAUCUAUCCUUAUGUAUACAGAUAGUAAUAUUAGGAAUGAGGAUUACAGAAUGAAAAAUUGGUAGAUGAUAGAUUUGGGUACUGUCAGAUAAGGUACAAGCCUUUUGAUAGAAAAUCAUGUUUCAAAGAGGACAUGACAUGAUGACAAAGUAUAAAAUUAGUGGAACUAAAUUGGAGCUAAAUAUUGUAAAUGUCGAAAGCGAAGUGCUGGAAAUACUGAGCAGAGAGAGUAGCACAGGUUGUUGAGUAUUUCAGGUGCUUUGAUGGAAUUAUGCUCAUUAAUAUUUUGAGGCUCCUUGUCAGAUUGUGAAUGGAGCAAUGGAAUGGUGGUCCCUGAAUAUAUGAGAAAAUUCUGUGGCUAGUGCACAUUUCACCCCACCCCUAUACCCUGACCUCUCAGGGCACUCCAAAAAUAAAACAAAGCUGCAGUUGCUGGGAAUCUAAAGUGAAAAUGGAAAAAUCUGGAAAGAUCAGCAGGUCAGGCAGCAUUGGCAGAGAAAGGAUAACAGUUACCAUUUGGGGUGCUAAACCCUGCAUCAGAUCUGAAAAGUUAAAUAUUUCUCUUUCCACGACACGACUUGACCUGAUGAGUUUUCCCUAGCAUUUCCUGCUUUUGUCUUCAUCCAAAUACGUGAAUGGUGUUUGGAUGAAUUAAGGUUGGAGGAGGCUCAUUUUGAGCGUUAAUCCAGGCAUUGACUUCUUUGUCAAAUGGCUCUUCUGUGUUGUGAAGUCGACAGAAAAUAUUAGACCAUAAGAUAAAAUAUAGGAGCAAAAUUCGGCCAUUUGCCAUUAGGCAGAGCGUCUGCUCUGCCAUUUCAUCAUGGCCGAUCCAUUUUCCCUUUCAGCUCUAAUCUCCUGCCUUCUCCCCGUACCCCUUCAUGUCCUGACCAUUCAAGAAUCUAUCAACCUCUGCCUCAAACAUACAUGCAGACUUGGCCUCCACAGUUGUCUGUGGCAAUGAAUUCCACAGAUUCACCACUCUCUGGCUAAAGAAGUUCCUCCUCAUCUCCAUUCUGAAAGGACACCCCCAUCUAUUCUGAGGCUGUCCCCCCUGGUCUUAGACUCUCCCGCCAUAGGCAACAUCUCCACAUGCACACUAUUGAGGCCUUUCAACAUUCAAUAGGUUUCAAUGAGGUCACCCUUCAACUCAAGUGAGUAGGUUCUCGAGUGCAGACGUGCAAAUGUAAAGAGAUCCACUUAAAUUAAUGGAUGGAGGAAAGGUGGGACCCGUGAAUGGUCUCUACCUGCAAUGCCAAAUGCCAUUUCCCUCCACUGAAGCUGACUGACCUGCUAAGUUCCUCCAGCAGCUUGUUUAUUUAUCUGCAAAUUGUUAACUCCCUGCCAGUGAUCUCUCCAAAUAGGAACCAGUUCUAAUCAAUCCCUGUCAAACUAUAACUAAAUUAAGGGACAUUUCUCUUCCUACCAUGUCCCUACAAAGUAUUACAAUUUCUCAUGCUCCCUGUGCAAAAUUAAUAUUUGCUUUGCCUUCAUUUGAAAAUAUUAACAGCUUCCUGGGGACCCAUUCGAAAAUAGCAACACCCGCUUCGAGUUCGCCAGUAAAUAACAACACACUCACAAGGACUCUUCAUCUUCAGACGGUGAUUCAGCUAAUGGAGGAAUAUUGUACUAUUGCAAAAAGCUAUUCCUUUGACACUGCAGUUCUGGAAAUUAUGGGUUAUCAAAUCAACAAUACUGCUAGGUUAUAAACAGAAAUCUGCCUGCCUCCAGCAACCUCCGUGAUGUUUGUACAAACUGGCUAUGACGAGAAGGCUACAGUUCAAGCACUGAUUUACAGAAGACCAUGUUGUUGAUCAUGAUGAGUUUGUUAUAAAUUUAUCCACUGCAGUCUGAAUAAAAUUGAACUUAAUUAUCUUCAGGGACACAACAACCUUGUUAGCAGCAUAGAUUAAUGGAGCUUUAGCCAGAGAUACACAAUAACUCUUUCACCAUUACAAUAUGACACUCUUCCAGAACCAGCCUGGUGACUGUGCUUGCUAGGUUGCCUACUUAAUUUUGCUGAAGGUAGCUCUGGUUUCAUUCUAGAGCUUAAUUAGGGAUGCUAUUUUAGUUUAAUUUCCAAGGCAGUUUCAUCCCAACUCCAGCCUCUGAAUUUUAGUUUCCAGAAUAAUAUUAAUUAAAUAUAUUUUUUGCUUUAAUAUCUUCAGUGUGGUCUUUUGAUUUUUUUUGUAAG